CAAGUUUGCGCACGGGCCUGAUACAGCAGAACCCUGCUUGCAUAGUAAACAACUGUGAACAACUGUAUUUAACACAUGUGUGUAGUGCUAUGCAAGUCAUCAAGUGUACAUUUGAUUUCAGGUAUAUUUUGAUGAAGAAUUGAAGAAGACACCCUGCCUGUUUACAUGUUACACAUGGCUGCUUUGCCCCUCCCCCGUCCUCACUUUUCUCAACCCGCUGCCAAAAUAUGUGAAAGUCAAUCCAAGCUACCUCUCCAUGCUCAUGUUAUUUAAAACUGGACACCAUCAUGGCAGGGGCACCGAACAGCUCCACUGAGCUCAGCGAGGAUCCACCCUUUAAUCCGUGAAACAACGCUUCUGUGGAGAACUAGAGCUCCGAGAGAUUCUUUGUUUUUCGUCCUGCACAUCGAGCUUCAGAUGUCGCUCCCAGUGGUGCUGCCGGGCUCUUGCUGUCCGGUUAUCGGGGCUUCGCAGCUCGCUGAGCCGCCUUACCGUAACCGACCCCGUGGCUUGUCCGCCUCUUCCCGGAUUGCCGGCGGUGGCUCUCGGCUGCUGCUGCCCGGGCGGCCGCUGCUCUCGCUGGGCUUGUUGCAGCUGCUGCUCGGCGGCUCCAUGGUGGCGCUGUGCUUCGGAGCUCUGUCCCUCAGCAACUCACCCCCGAUCCGAAACUCCUGUCCCUUCUGGGCAGGCUCCUCGGUCAUUCUGUCAGGCAUCGUUGGCCUCACAACAUGGAGAAGGCCCAUGCUGUUACUGGUCAAUGUGUUUGUCCUGCUGUCUGUGGUGUGUGUGCUCCUUAAUCUGGCUGGAUUCAUCCUGUGCUGCCAGGGAGCCCAGCUGGUUUCCAGUAUGACCAGCUGCCAACUGAGUGAGGCUGGAGAUGUGUGUUACUGCUGCUCCCUCUCCCCCAGCUCCAAAUGUCCCGAGGAGAAGCUGCUGGAGCUCCACCCUGCACACUCCUGCAGCACCAUGAGGAUCCUGCUCAAGAAAGUCUUGUUUGCACUGUGUGCUCUGAACGCUCUGACCACAGCCGUGUGCCUGAUGGCAGCUGCUCUGAGGUACCUGCAGAUCUUCACGGCAAGAACACCCUGCAUGGACGAGCACAGGGCCACAGCUGAAGAGAGGGAGGAGCCUGCUCAGGUCCCAGACCCAGAUGAGUUUGUGGCCCCAGCCCCUCCCCCCUCCUACUUCUCCACUUUCUACUCGUACACACCACGUCUGGCCCGCCGGAUCCUCGGCGACAGUGUGAUCCCUCUCCCUCAUAUCUACGGGGCUCGGAUCAAAGGGGUGGAGGUCUUCUGUCCGUUAGACCCCCCACCUCCAUAUGAGGUUGUUGCUGGAAGUUCCGCCAAUGCAGUAACACAGGAGACAGAGAUUGCUCUGACAGAGCUGACGAUGGACCCGCCUGCCUCUCCACCAGGAGCCUCUGUUCCAGUCUCAGACAGGAGUUCCCAAAUGGUAUCGGCAUCACCAGGCAUCCUUCCGCAAGCCAAGCCUCAGCUCCAGCCUCAGCUCCAACCCCAGCUCCAACCUCAGCAGCAGCAGCAGCCUCACCUCCAGCCUCAGCAACAGCAGCAGCAGCCUCACCUCCAGCAGCAGCAGCAGCCUCAGCAGCCUCAGCUCCAGCCUCAGCAGCAGCAGCCUCAGCUCCAGCAGCAGCAGCAGCAGCAGCAGCAGCAGCUCCAGCAGCAGCAGCAGCAGCCUCAGCUCCAGCAGCAGCAGCAGCAGCCUCAGCUCCAGCAGCAGCAGCAGCAGCCUCAGCUCCAGCAGCAGCAGCAGCAGCCUCAGCUCAAGCAGCAGCAGCAGCCUCAGCAGCAGCAGCCUCAGCUCCAGCAGCAGCAGCAGCAGCAGCAGCAGCAGCAGCAGCAGCAGCCUCAGCUCCAGCAGCAGCAGCCUCAGCUCCAGCAGCAGCAGCAGCAACAGCAGCCUCAGCUCCAGCAGCAGCAGCAGCAGCCUCAGCUCAAGCAGCAGCAGCAGCAGCCUCAGCAGCAGCAGCCUCAGCUCCAGCAGCAGCAGCAGCAGCAGCAGCCUCAGCUCCAGCAGCAGCAGCAGCAGCCUCAGCUCCAGCAGCAGUCCUCUCCAGCACUGAGCCCCUGGAGGAAAGAAAGGAUCCACCGCUCCAACAGUGACCCAGUGUUGAUGGACCUUGUUUCUAAAGCUCUAAGCAGCAGCGACGCUCCCCUCCCUGCCUCUCCUCAGACCACAGAUUCUUCCACCCAGACCUCCCAGCCCACGCUGACUGUCUACAGCCAGGGCCAGGUCACACUGCGACGGGGCAACAACGACAGCAGGACGCCCCGGCAGCCCCGGCCCUCGUCCAUGGUGGACUACCAGAGCUACCGACACACACAGCAGCUGGUCAGGAAAAUCCUGGAGCAGCCGGCCGCCCAGGGCCUGACCCCCGAGGUCCAGGAGCUGGUGGACAGCAUACGCACUGUCCUGCAGUCAGACCAGGAGCACAUGGAGGAGGCUGUACGCUGUGCCAGCUAUAUAGAACAGGUGUUCACUGACUCAGAGAUGGGUCCCAGUCAGCCGAAACCUCCCCAGCAGCCUGCAGGCAGUCACUCCCAGACUUACCCUCGCCCCCCCAGGAGAAGGCCCGGUCUGCUGCACCUGCAGAGCUGCGGGGACCUCAGCUCCUUCACCUGUGCUGCACUGGAGUCCGUGGAACAUCGAGGAAGCAGUAGAAAAGUGGGGUCGAGGGCAGGGUCAAGGACAGGGUCCCGCCUGGAUCAUCCUGAGCGCCCCCACAGUCUGAUCGGAGUCUUCAGAGAGACAGUGCUUUGAGGGGAAAUCUAAUGUAUUAAAAUGUGUUGGAUGGAAACACAGCUGGAUGCUGCCUUAACUGUUGCUAAACUGUGAGAGAAAACUAUUGUAAUCCAACCACUGAGGAGGGUGUGUGUGUGUGUGUGUGUGUGUGUGUGUGUGUGUGUGUGUGUGUGUGUGUGUGUGUGUGUGUGUGCGUGCGAGAGAGAGAGAGCAGGUUUUUUUUUCUUUCUUUUUUUGCUCCACUGUACUCUAGCAUUUAAAGUUGUGUAUACUUUGAGAUUUUAACAUUGUGAUAAGUUUGCAUUUCUCCCGCUCAGCUCAAUACAGCUAUACAAUUAUUUUACAUGUAUCAUGGUGUUAUUUAAUGUUCAGAUGCAUUGGUUUCAAUAUUUUUCAGAUAUCCUACCUAGGUGAUGUGCAGCUGUUGUGACAGGUUUUUGACUUAGAAAUAUAGAAUUUUACAUCAGUUUGGAUCAUUAUUAUUAUUACUUAAAAUAACACCCAAAAAGCUUGAUGACAAAACUUAUAUAAUAUUUUAUAAUUUACACAAAAUGUUAAACAUUUCGUUAAUUAGAUCUAUUCAAAUAUACAACAAUAAUAUGAUAAUGAACAGUUCAAUAAUUAUUUUACUACUGAUAAUAUAAAUAAUAAAAUUAUUUAUAAUAAUAAUAAUAGGCCAGAGACCCUCAGUUCCCGUCUCCCCCGUGCCGUGCGUCAGUUCGUCCAGAAGCUCUCCACAUUGUUUUUAAGUUGAUACUGUUUAGGUGGGGCGUAAAAAACCUGAACUGGCAGAAAGAAAUCCCUGAUAUUGAUAAAACAGUAAUGCUUUAUUUUAUUGGUCUAUAAUUCCUUCAUAAUUCCCAACAAGUUCCUUGAAAAGAAUGUUGGUACUAAUUAUAGAGAACAUAUGAAAUAACUAUAUAUUUAUUAAUGAGAACUUUGCUUUCUUAUAUGUUGAACUGUGGACUUUUCUGAAAACGCGUUUGACAUUUUAUAAUGUAAAGCCGACCUGCUGUGCAAAAGAAAAAGUUACACACGCAAUUAAUUAGAAUUUAAGUGUACGGCUUGAACCAUUCGACCCAAAGUUAGCACCAAAUUAAACAGAUCUUUCCAAGAAACGUUUGGGAAAUAAUUUGAAAAUACAAACCACUUAGUUGCGUGUUCCCAGUGACAGCCCACCAGGGUUGACUUGCCAGUUCACAAACAACAAAGCUUGGUUGUGAAAGUUAUCGUUUGAAAGUUCCAGGCAGAUUCAUCCAGCCUCUGCAAGUGAACGGUGGCACAAUGCAAAGAAUUGACUUGAUCCAAAGUUUGAGCAUUAUUAUAAACGUUGGGGGAUAACUGCUUCUGUCCCUGUUGAAACAAACCUAAUACAUUUGGUUUAAUUACCUUGGACACAAUCAUGGUCUUAUUUAGUGUUUACUGGUAGAAUAUAUUGUUUUCAGAGACAUCCAGUUUCCCAGUCACUAAUGUUGGACAGCAGGGAGAGAAACUUGCAUGUUGGAAGAACAUAUAUUCUGUGAGAUGUUUGUGGAUUUCUUUAGCUGUGUAUAACUUACAUUGUGUCACUGCAUCUUGGGAAUGGAUGAGUGUCCUGAGGUGUGAAUCUGAGGGUUUCCUAUCUUCUCUAUAGUGCACACUGGGGAGAGAGGAGAGAGGAGGAGAGUCAUCGAAAAUCUACCUACCAUCCUUUUUGGAAUGGGAAAUGUUCUGUAAUAUAUGACAUGUGUUGACAUUGGCUUCAUCAUUAGUGUCAGUCUACUGCACUGGCCACAGGAGACCUGCUGUAUGCAUACAGAGUGUUGUGUUACUACUGUCUGUACCUAUUACUGACCUUUCGCCUGUUGAUUUGCAUUUUAUGAACAUGUGCACAUAGAGAUCAUCGUAAAUUAAAUGUUAUUAACAUG